GAAACAGUUGCUGGCAGUCGAUGGUCGAGCUUUCUUGAUGAAUCACAUGAUAAACUGGAGGAGCCCUUGCAGGAUGAUGUUGAUAACAACGGGUCAGUGGUGGCAACAACCACUGACUGGGCUCAGUAUCAGAAGACAAGCAACUCUGGCAGGAAAAGAAGAGCUGAGAGAAAUUUCGAGACAGUGUUUUCAAAGCUGCCUGGAAAUAAAUCCAAGAUUUUCCAUGAAGACAUCUGCAAGCCCGAUUCUCCUGUUGCAAAAUGGGAUCAUGUUGAAGAUUUAGAAUCAAGCACAGGCUCUUCUGUGAGCAAUACAUUCAGCAGCAGCAGCAGUUCUGGCAACUUGUUCUCAUCCAAGUCUUGUGCUGCUCACCGACUGUCUGUGUCCUCUUCGGUUAUUGGAGAAUACAUAGGCAGCUCUACUAAAGCAAAGCCAGAUUGUAUUAGCUUUUUAGAUCCGUCAAAUGAUGCCCAUAAUGAAACCUGGAGAAGUCUGGGUCUCAGCAAGACUAUGUCUGUGAAUGGUUGCGCAGCAAAGAAAGGAAGACACAAUGAGAGUAACACAAAAGUAUACUGCAAAUUAACUCAGAUAACAGCAAAUUCAAAAUGGGAUACAUUUCUGGAAACAGAGCAUAACAGUGAUGAAGAUGAUACAGUCUGUGAUUAUAAUGACAAUGUAGACACUAUAACAGACUCUAAAUUACAUAACAGCAAUAGUUUAACUGUGGGGAGAAAAUGCCUCAUGCAAGAGAAGCAGUUUGUCAGCAACAUCCAGAAACAUCCAUCUGUCCACUGUUCUCAUGAAUCUAAGCUACAGAGUAAAUUGAACAAUAGAUCCAGUGAUUGGCUAAAGGAAAGUAAGCGCUGUGAUUGGCUAAAGGAAAGUAAUAAGCACAUUGAUUGGCUAAAAGAGAUUAAAAACAGUGAUUAUCUAAAGAAAUGUCAGCCCAGUGAUUGGCUUACAGAUUCAGAGGUUAAAAGAACUCAUUCCAACUCAAUGCAUUCUGCAAACACAAACAGCUCAUCAAGCUGGAAGGGAAGAGGGACAUUUGAUCUUGAUCUUGAAAUACUUGAUGAGGAUCUUCUGUUGUAG